AGCAGUCAAAUGGAAGGUCAAUGACAGCCUGUGUCAUUGUUGUACUUGCUCUUCAGUUACGUCAAAACCCUCUUGUGUUCCAGACCCCAACUCAGCAUCAGUCUCCAGAGGAAGUGCUUGCACUCAAUGCUGCUGCGAUCAUAGCAAAUAUCAAACUCCAGAGACAGCUUAGUAAGAAGAAAACACCAAAUGGCAAUUCUGAGAAGGACUCUACUGCAUCACCCCUGGGAAAUACUGUGACGGAUAUGGGUAUGAAACCACAUCCUGAUCAAAGCCCAGUCCAGCGUCGCAACCUGGUUCAUGCUGCAUUUGUUCCGCUGAGUCUCGACCCCGAAAGGUCACCUGAAACUGUCUCUCUGCAGGAAGCGCUGCAGAGGUCCAGACCAGACUUCAUCAGUCGCUCCCAAGGCAGAGUGCAGGAACUGGAACGAAGAGCACAGGAGAGGAGGGAGCUGGCACAGUCCAUUGCUGCUCUCAGGCAGAGGAGAGCCCACAGUGCCCGGUCUACCUCUCUGAAUGAUAACCAUUUCAAACCCAGAGAUAGAGCUGUUACGGGGAAAGAGAUGCAGCUCAGAUCCAAGCGCAUGUCUGCAGAGGUGAAGAGGAAAAAGGAUGAAGAGAAGACUAGGGAGGUGUGUUUGAGCAACAGACAGCGGGUCGACCUUUUCAAAAAGAAACUGUUGGAUCAGAUUCUUCAAAGGAGCAACAACUGAAUGACUGGCAACAGAUGAAGAUGAUAACAUGACAAAGCCUACAGCAUUGAAUAACAGAUUGCAGAAGUGAACUUUGCCCUUUGACUGUGCUGAACAUGAGUCAAAAUAUCAAUGUAGGUCAUGAUAUAACUCUAGUCUUACCUCGGCUUUUGCCCUUGUUCAUUUCUCUCGUGUAUCACCAUUACACUCAUGUUACAGAGUUCAACAUCUGUUUUUUUUCUGAAAAAUAAGUGCAUGGCAAUCUUUCAAAAACAUAGAAGGUCACCUAACAUCACUUACUGCUGUUUUGAAAGAUUUCUCACAAUCCCCAAAGACUCCUCUGUCCAAAAUAUGUUUCGUUAGAUGCGCAAUGAAAAAACCUUUUCCCUUGUUGCAACUCUGCUAUGUCCAAAUCCAAGGCAGACGAAACAAUGUUGACUGCUGUUAAACUUUUGAAAGAUUGGCAAAGAUUUUUCAUUUUCCUUUGAGAAAAACAGAUGCUCACCUCUGUGACUCAUCUGUCCUUGCCACCCUUGCGGUAUACAAAAACAAAUGAAGAUGGCCAAAAUGAAUGUAUGAAAUCAUGUCUCUGUUUUGGCUGUAAUCAAAUAUCACACUGAUACCCUUUUGAUGUAGCAUCUAAACCAGCUGUUUAUCAGUGUUACCGUGUUUUCACUUGAUUGCAAAUUGCCUCUCUCUCCAGAACACUUCACGUAAUGGGAUGCAGAGUAACCUCUCACCGCACGAUAAAGCACCGAUGUCUUCACGCAGCCACUUUCACAUGAUCUCAUGUGAUGCGGAACAGUGAUAUAAGACAAAAUAAUUCAUUAUGCUCCACAGUCCCCCAUCCAGGACAGUUUUCAGCCGUCCUCAUUAUACAACCAAAAAGCAGACGGAAGCCUGAAAUGGGCUCUGCUGUUAUUCAGUGCCAGCUAUUAGCUGUAAGACUAAGGAAUGUGACCCCUUCUCACUGGAAAUGCCCUGUUAAUGGACGGUGUCCAUUUGAAUGGAGCUUUUGUCUCUGUCUUUGUCUCAUGAUGGACUGGGGCCUGCCAUUGCAGAUUUAGAUUUGUGUGUUUUGAUCCAAAGUGAGUGUGCUCAGAGUGCUGCUCAGCAACAUGAUGGAGCUGGGCAUAAAUCAAAAGUGAGACGUGUGAAUAUUUAUUUUCGGAAUAACAGACAACAGAGCAGAUGCUCUUUUCAUCACCCUUAAUUGUUAUUUUACUCAUUAGCCUUUAAGUUGGAGUUCUUUCAUAGUCCAGCUGUUUCAUCCAUCUAAAUUUGCAAGGGUGUCUUGGAGAAGACAAAUGAUCACUACUGACUAUUUUUAUAAACCUUAUUUCAUCUCAGCGCAUAUCCAUGUGUGGGUGUAUUUGGACUGUAGGAAUCUAUUAAUAAAAGCACCCACGGUUUAUAUUUGUUUUCUUCUUUCUAAAACGAGCAAAUUUAGACAAGAAAGUAGAAUAAGACAAUUAUGAACCAUGGAUGCUGCUUGAAGAAUGUUAUUUACAGUGUGUGCUUUUUUCUCUAUUUCAAGAUGACUUUAUUCUCCUGGUUUAAGUAGCUGUGUCCAUCCACAAAGAUGGUUUUACUCUGCAAUGUGACAUGAAACAUAACUGAGUUCUCUAUAUUUCAACUGUGUAUUUUAUAUUCAAAACUAAUUAUAUGUGUUUUAUAUGUGAGUUAUGUUUAGAUCUCUUUUAUUAAAUUUACAUUUAAAUGUGUGGUUGUAUAAUUUUUGUCCAAGCAACGCUAAAAAACAGUUUUUUUCCCCAAACUACAUUGACAAAAUAACAGAGGUGAGAUGGAAGAACUUCCAUAAAGCUGAGAUUUAUUUAUUGAGCACUAUCUGUUCUAGCACACUAACAGAAAGUCCUAUUUUACUGCCUGCUGCUCCCUGUGCCUUAUCAUCUUCCUCCAAGCACUCCCCUGGUUCUUAAAAAGAGCAAAAGAUCAUUGUAACAUCCUUUGGCUGAAUGUUGAGUUCCAGUGAAAUCAGCAUGCAGGGAAAUACUCCUCAGAAUUCUUUUAUUUUUAUUCAUAUUUGAGUCUAAAAGGAGAAAAUUGAGUGUUCUGGGCAUCAUGACUCUAGGCUGCAACCUAUGCUCCUAUUUCAAAUGAUAGCUAUAAGGCAUCAGUAGCCUGUGUGCUGCUGAGACUCUACCUUAAACCUGAAUGCUGAGAGCAUAUAGUACCUGAGAUGCUAUACUUAAAUUUCGUUCUGUGAAGAGUGAAAAAGCUUUCAGGAACCCAGCCUCUUUGUUUGCCUGUUCUCUGCCUGGUUCUUGCUCUGAAGUGGAUGGUCAGGCAGCUCAGUGCAGAGUGGUCACACUGAAGAGCAUAAUUGAGCAGAGCCAGUCUGUUUGAAUGUGUCAUGGGUCCAUGUCCUUAUGUAGGUCCGUAUAAUCAUGUUGUGUGUCACGAUGAAUGCAGCUUGAGUCAUAAGCUGUUUGUGAAGCUCGUGAAUACAUUGGAUAAUUAUAUUAGUGUGUUCAAAGUAAAACUACUCUGAUGUGUGUUCUGUACACAGAGAACAGA